AUAAUGUCCGGACUUGUACAGCUACAAUGAUGGAGAAACUCACUGCUGUAGUUUUAACUGCUUAUGGUACCUAUUAUGCUGGCUAUUACCUGUCUAACCUGGCACGUCACCUGAGCCAGGUGUUCAGAGGUGCCCAUUCUGAGAGCCCAGAACCAACAGCAGACUCUCCCCUGGCUCCCAGUGCUCCUGGAGAUGAGACCAAAGUGGAGCAAAAUGACCGCAGGCCUUCAGCUGUGGUCACACCACAGACUGAAUAUUCCGAGGCCGCCCUUCUAGAGAAAGAGCAUGAGCAGAUGGCUUUAGAAGAGGUGCCAUGCCAGCCUCAGGGAGAGCUGUUCCUAGCCCAGGAGCAGGAAGAGCAGCUCAGGCAGCAGGUGGAAGAACAACAAGAGAAUGGCCAGAACAUCAAGGCAGAGCCACAAGCAGAGCUGCAUGAAACUCAGAGUGAUAUCAAGGCAGUGAAGAGGAAGAACAAGAAAGACAUGGAAAAAACUCAAGAUCACUGGAAUCUCCAUUGGAAGAGGGGCAAUCUACAAAACCAGGAGAGUGAAAGAUUGGCAGCUACUCCACCCAAAAAAUUUUCUCCCACUCGUUCUUUACAGAACUUCACUAAGAAGCUGCCAGGCAGAGCAGCAGGAAGCUCAGGCUACAUUCAAGGCAAAGAAAAAGAGGCUGGAGGAAGAAAUUAAAAUCAUUGAAGAGGAAAUUAGUCCCCUGCUUCAAGCUGUACAAAAGCAAGUGGAGGAGUUGAUAUCUCAUCUGGCAGCCUGCAAAGACUUUCGGCACUUAGCCCGACGCAGAAAGCCCCGAGGUCGGCGUAAGACACAAGAGAGGUCCCAAUUGCAGAUGCUGCAGCACUUCACAGGCUCUUAUACUCACCCUGCUGCAGCAGCAGCAGCAGCAGCAGCAGCAGCAGCAGCAGAAGCAGCAGAAGCAGCAGAAGCAGCAGCAGCAGAUGCAGCAGAAGCAGCAGAAGCAGCAGCAGCAUGGUCAUCCCGAGGAGCCUUUGCUCUCCCACCUGAGAAUUGGAGCCCAGGAACCACUUGGUCCAUCUCCAGCAGUGACACAGCUGCUGCUCAGCAACAGGAGAUCCAGGAUGACUCUCUGGUGCUACAGAGGAGAAUGAUGAGCGUGGAAAAUCCCUGGGCGCAAUACAUUGAAGUGGAAAUUAUUGGCCACGUGACUCUUGGAGACGUUUGUAGAGCAAUUGCCAACAUCACAGGAAGACAGGUGGAGGUGUUGAUAUCUCGCCUGCCAAUCUGUGAAGACUUUGAACAAAUGACUGGAAAUGAAGAGCUCCGAGGUCGGCAUGAGGCAUGGGAGCUGUCCCAGGCAGAGAUGCUGCAGCACUUCACAGGCUCUUAUACUCACCCUGCAGCAGCAGCAGCAGCAGCAGAAGCAGCAGCAGAAGCAGAAGCAGCAGAAGCAGCAGCAGCAGAAGCAGCAGAAGCAGCAGAAGCAGCAGCAGCAUGGUCAUCCCGAGGAGUCUUUGCUCUCCCACUUGAGAAUUGGAGCCCAGGAACCACUUGGUCCAUCUCCAGCAGUGACACAGCUGCUGCUCAGCAACAGGAGAUCCAGGAUGACUCUCUGGUGCUACAGAGGAGAAUGAUGAGCGUGGAAAAUCCCUGGGCGCAAUACAUUGAAGUGGAAAUUAUUGGCCACGUGACUCUUGGAGACGUUUGUAGAGCAAUUGCCAACACCACAGGAAGAGAGGUGGAUGUGUUGAUAUCUCGCCUGCCAAUCUGUGAAGACUUUGAACAAAUGACUGGAAAUGAAGAGCUCCGAGGUCGGCGUGAGGCAUGGGAGCUGUCCCAGGCAGAGAUGCUGCAGCACUUCACAGGCUCUUAUACUCACCCUGCAGCAGCAGCAAUAGCAGCAAUAGCAGGUUCAUCCAGAGGAGUCUUUGCUCCCCCACCUGAGAAUUGGAGCCCAGGAACCACUUGGUCCAUCUCCAGCAGUGACACAGCUGCUGUUCAGCAACAGGAGAUCCAGGAUGACUCUCUGGUGCUACAGAGGAGAAUGAUGAGCGUGGAAAAUCCCUGGGCGCAAUACAUUGAAGUGGAAAUUAUUGGCCACGUGACUCUUGGAGACGUUUGUAGAGCAAUUGCCAACACCACAGGAAGAGAGGUGGAGGUGUUGAUAUCUCGCCUGCCAAUCUGUGAAGACUUUGAACAAAUGACUGGAAAUGAAGAGCGCCGAGGUCGGCAUGAGGCAUGGGAGCUGUCCCAGCCAGAGAUGCUGCAGCACUUCACAGGCUCUUGUACUCACCCUACAGCAGCAGCAGCAGCAGCAGCAGCAGCAGCAGAAGCAGCAGAAGCAGCAGAAGCAGCAGCAGCAGAAGCAGCAGAAGCAGCAGAAGCAGCAGCAGCAUGGUCAUCCCGAGGAGCCUUUGCUCUCCCACUUGAGAAUUGGAGCCCAGGAACCACUUGGUCCAUCUCCAGCAGUGACACAGCUGCUGUUCAGCAACAGGAGAUCCAGGAUGACUCUCUGGUGCUACAGAGGAGAAUGAUGAGCGUGGAAAAUCCCUGGGCGCAAUACAUUGAAGUGGAAAUUAUUGGCCACGUGACUCUUGGAGACGUUUGUAGAGCAAUUGCCAACACCACAGGAAGAGAGGUGGAUGUGUUGAUAUCUCGCCUGCCAAUCUGUGAAGACUUUGAACAAAUGACUGGAAAUGAAGAGCUCCGAGGUCGGCGUGAGGCAUGGGAGCUGUCCCAGGCAGAGAUGCUGCAGCACUUCACAGGCUCUUAUACUCACCCUGCAGCAGCAGCAGCAGCAGCAGCAGCAAUAGCAGGUUCAUCCAGAGGAGUCUUUGCUCCCCCACCUGAGAAUUGGAGCCCAGGAACCACUUGGUCCAUCUCCAGCAGUGACACAGCUGCUGCUCAGCAACAGGAGAUCCAGGAUGACUCUCUGGUGCUACAGAGGAGAAUGAUGAACAUGGAAAAUCCCUGGGCACAAUACAUGGAAUGGGAAAAUACUGGCAGGAGGCAGAGGGAAAAUGAACAGUUCUACAGAAACAGAAGGAAUUAAGCACAGGAUCACUAUGAGCUGGGCGGUAGCAGUUAAAGCAGCAGCUGUGGUUUCUCUAUCAGAUUUUAAUUGAAUUAAUAAAGACAUUAAUAAAGCC